UGACAAAUAUUUGCAGAAGCGCAUGAGGAAAAUUGCAACUUUGCAGUAUCUAUGCGAGCAAUUUGCGAGCAAUUCGCCAAAGUUCCCCUGUUCAUGAAGUGCAGAUCUCGGAUUUGAGACUCCUUGUAUUAGACUUUCUCAUAUAAAGAGUGACGAAAGGCUCUCAAUCGCAAGCUUCCUUUUGAACAAAUACUUCGCAGUGCCAUUGCCAUCGCACUUCACUCAACGGCAAUAUGUAUUCUGCUUCUCCCGGCAUCCUCACCCUGACUAUAAUGAUGGUCAUUCUGCUGCAGCUGAUCGAGCAGACGGCUGGAUAUCAAGCUCCACCGUGCAACGAGAACAAUAUCGGGAAGUGUUACGGCACAGACAUUCAGUCAGAUGGCAAAAGUUGCAAACAAUUGAGGAAUUGCAAAUUCUUCGCAAAAAUCAACAACAAAAGCGACCCUCACGACGCACACAAAACAUGGAUCAACUUGCGCGGACAGAUUGGCCCAAACGAUAAAAGGUACUGGGAAGUCUGGACUCCGAAGCACACAUAUCCGCAUUGGAAAGAGUCAGCUGAGGACCUGUUCAAUCCAAAAUACAAUUACACUGAGCUACGGAUCACUUGCUGGCGAGCUUGGAAGACAGAAGCCUUCCGUAAAAAAAACCUGGUGAAUGGAAAGUACGAAGCGGUUGUCGACUGCAACUGGCAGGACCCUGAAACUCUUCGUUUACAAAAGCAGUCAGAAAAGCAUGUCUACUGUUGUAAUCAGUGUAAGUACUAUUAGCCACGGCUCUUCUUUCGAGAGUCAAAGCUGCGUAUAGCGAGAAUAUAACUCACACUCUCGG